GUCAUAUGUGCCAACGUGUUGAAGUUGUUUUCCGGAAUUGAAGGCUGUUACUUUCCGGAACAGAAGCGCGACAGCGACGAGCAGGUAGACACGGAACUGGAGCGCCAACAUCAACUUUUUGGAGGUAGUGCCCGGUGCGUGGACCACCGCAGCGAUGUUGCCAUUUUAUGGGGCUUUUCAGGAUUGGUGUUGUACUUGAGACACGUCUUGCCCGAGUUCAACAUGCUAGAAGAAGGCACAACUUCGAGCAAAAGGAAAGCAAACACUUCUACCAUCUGCUUCCACGGGGAACUUGCCGUUGUUUUGCAAAAGAAGCUGAAAGGUUUCUUGAAACGAAUUCGAGGCUGCAAAGGCGAACAAACUGCACCAGUGGGAGAUGAGACCCAUGACGAAGCUGGACGGAGCCUGGUUCUCCUCCUCAAGUUUAUGGGGCAGCUGUUUUUGGUCCAGGCGCUGCCCUUGAAAGUGAUACACACUCUAUCAGAGGUGAAGAAAAAGAAGUGUUUGUGUUUUAGCAUUGUAAACGAUAGUGGUCUAGUCAUCUUGAGGUGUAGCAACGACUUGCAGCGUUUUCCAGCAUGGACUCACGGUACUACUACUUAUGCACGACAAAUUUGGGCCGCGCGUUUGCGCCAUCUCAUGCGUAGUUUUUACUGCAUGCCAUUUUUCAUUUCCGUUUACAACGUUCCACGCUCUUUCUUUUUGCUGCCAUAAGCUGCGCUGGAAAACGUGUUAGAGCUCAAGGAGGGCGGAGAAAGUGAAAGCAGAGGAGCGGGAACAAGUACGACUACUACAACACCUAAGUCAGGAGCUUCAGAAAUCUCCACGACCAAAGAACGGGUUUUACCCGAAGCGCAAGUAGUCGGCGCGUGCGAGCUCUUCAUAACGAUCGGGUACACGCUGCAGAACAGGAUCACCACCCGGCCGACCUACCAGCAGGCCUUCACGUCCGGUUUAACCGAGGCUGUCGCUGCCAGUGCCAGGAAAGACCUGUUACCAAACUCCUUUGCCAAACUUCAGGCUCUCCACGAGAGCAGAAGUCCGGCGGAUCCGAACGAGUACCAGUACAGUGAGCGGUGCCGGGUUAAAAUACAGAUUGUGCUGGACUGGCUCCUGGAGGGAAACGGAAAGUGGUUUUGAACACAUAGCAGAACUAUGUUGUGCAGCUCUUGCAAGAAGCGUCGCAACUGCUACAUCCUAAAGUCGGCAGAGGAAGCCGAGCCCGCCCGUGGUAAACGAUUACGCCAGCGAGAACCGCGAAAAAGCCGUCUCCGUCUCCGUGAUCGCGAAGUAAAAAAUAUUUGAGAUCACCUUCGCCGGCGCAUGGCCGGCACAGCAUGUGAAGAAUGUGGUGUAGUUGGAAGAGGACAACUACGAAAGUAACAGAUCGAAAUCCAAGAACUUCCUCCGGAAUGCCUUCGCGCUGCGCACAAAAGAAAAAGUGAAAAAAAUGGAAACGGAAGAAACUGUAACUGGGCAGCAAUCGAUUUUUUGCUUGCUCGGAACACGAUGCCGAGGAACAGUGAAUCCAUUUUUUGUUGUGAAGGCUCAAAAAAAAAUCACAUGGUAGUGAAAUAAAAGCGAUGCUGAUGUAAGAACACUCAUGAAUGGGUGCCUUGGAAAAAGGCACUUACGAAUGUUGGAGUAUUUUUCGAAGAUGAUAACACUUCACUUCAUGAACCAGAAAACUUGAAAUUCAAUUUUCGGAUUGAAAUUGACACUAAGAAUGAGUAAGAAAGACGAAGCAGAAU